AUGCAUCUUUCGAAAGUUGUUUUUUCUUUCCAUCUUUCUUUAUUUUUUUCCUGUAUAUUUUCUUUCUUUCAUUGUUGGUUUGCUCAUUCUAUAUCUUAUCAACUUCAUUCACUCAAUCUGUUUCUUUUACUGCCUUUCUUCACUGCUCACUUAUUCAUCUCAUAUCCUCAUUUUUUGUUUCUUUUUCUAUUACUUGAUCCUUUUUUAAAUUUAUAUUUUCCUGCUAAAUAUUUUCUUUCUAUUUUUUGUGCAUGCUUAUUUGCUUCAUUCAAUUUAUAUAUUUAUUCUUGUUUUCUUUUUUACAUAUUAAUUUUUAAUUACAUAAUUUCUUUCACUCUGAUUUCUAUUAUAUUUAUACAUUCUUUCUCUUUUGCUUUAUUUUAUUUCAUAUUUAAUUUCUAUCUUACUUGCUUCCUUUAUCAACCCUUAAAUUUAAUUCUGUUUUAUUUAUUCAUUCAUUUAUUUAUUCUUCACGCCCUUCUUUAUCAACUUUUUUCAUUCUAUAUUUUCGACCUUUUACCUCUUUUUACAUUUCUUUUUUUCUUUUCUUUUUCAUAUCAGAUUUAUUCAUUUGUAUUUCGUUUUUCAUAUAUUUUCUUCUUUGCUUUAAAUUUUUCUUUACAUUUUCUUUUUUCUUUCUUUUUCUUAUAUUUAUAUUAUUUUUCCUUUCUUCUUUUGUUUUUCUUGCUUCUUUUAAUCACUUUAAAUUUGCUUUCCUUAUUCUUUUCUGUUUUUUAUACAUUGGUAAUGUUUUAUUCUAAUUCUCCCAUCCCUCAGCUGGCUGUCAUUAAUCACCCCCUAACUUAUCGAGAAUCGGCGGAGAGAGAGCAGGAAGCAGUAAUACCGAGAAUGUUUUUGCGAGCUUAUGUAAAUCCUGGCCUGCUGUUUAACCUGCACGAGAAAGUUUCUGCUCCCUCCAUGACCCACCCCUCCUGCAAGGAGAGACUUAUCAGAACCAUUCAGAUGCCUGGUGCCUGGAGAAAUUUUUAUACCCAAUGGUAUGACGAAAGAGACACCUCAGGUCCGUUCUAG